GUGGACAAAUAACUGAUCAAAAUCAAGCUGAUUUCAUGAUCGUUGGGAGUUGAAAAAAAAUUCACAGAUGGUGCGGCGGGCACGUGAUCUUGAACGUGCUCGAAGCAUGUUCGAAAAUAUCGAAGUGUCGACUUCAUCCACAUCAUAGAACGGCAACGGGCAAGUCAACCUUGCGCUCUAACUGGUAUCUUCAGCUACUUUACGCUCAAAUCAUCAGAUCACUACUGAUAGAAGCUACGGUUGGUCUUCAAAAUGUUCGCGACUCCUCGGCGUGACUUUUUGAACGAGCAGGCACCAGAGAACUAUGUUGCUGGAUUGGGUCGUGGUGCCACCGGAUUCACCACUCGAUCCGAUAUCGGUCCUGCCAGAGAAGGACCCAGCGAGGAUGCGAUCAAGGAAGCUUUGGCUAAGAGAGCAGAGGCUUUACAGAACGGUAACGCGUCAGAUGACGACGAUGAAGAGCGAUUCAGAGAUAAUGAGAACGAUGAGGGAUUGUUUGCCAGCGGCGCCUAUGACGAAGAAGAUGAAGAGGCAGACAAGAUCUACAGCGAAGUCGAUGAGCGUAUGGACUCGCGAAGAAAAGCUCGAAGGGAGGCGCGCGAGAAGCGCGAACAAGAAGAAUUCGAUUCCAAAAACCCAAAAGUCUCGAAACAGUUUGCUGAUCUGACUCGUGCGCUAUCUACAGUAACCGAUGAGCAAUGGGCUAGUAUUCCGGAAGUUGGAGAUCUUACAGGGAAAAACAGAAGAGACAGAAAAAUGAUGCAAUCCGAGCGAAGAUUCUAUGCUGUGCCAGAUUCUGUCCUUACUAGUGGUCGCGGUCAGACUACAUAUGAGAAUUCUGUGAAUCCGGAGGAUGGCACCGCGUCUACUGUCGACGGAACUAUCACUGACUUCCGUCAGAUCUCUCAGGCGAAAGAUAAAAUGCUCGGAAUGCGUUUGGAUCAAGCCGGUACUGAUUCUGUUAUUGGCUCGACAAAUAUUGAUCCGAAGGGCUAUUUGACUUCUUUAUCAAGCAGCUCUACUUCUACAGGUGUAGAUGCCGCCAAUCUUUCGAAACAUCGUGAGCUUCUGUUAUCUGUCGUCAAGGCCGAUCCUAAACACGCGAACGGCUGGAUAGCUAUUGCAAAGCUGGAAGAACAGAAUAACAAGAUGUCAAGCGCGAGAAAAUUUAUCCAACAGGGUUGUGAGAACUGUCCCAAGAAUGAGGAUGUCUGGUUAGAAAGUAUGCGCUUGAACGACACCAAUCACGCCAAAGUCAUUGCCUCAAAGGCAGUUCAGCAUUUACCCAAGAGCGUCAACAUUUGGAUGGAAGCUAUGAGAUUGGAGUCAGAAACGGCUAAUAAAAAGCGGGUUAUUCGGAAAGCUCUGGAAAAUAUCCCCCAGAGUGUUACGUUAUGGAAAGAAGCGGUCAAUUUGGAGGAGAACCCUAACGACGCCAAAAUUCUAUUAUCGCGAGCAACUAGUCUGAUCCCACUUUCGGUUGAGCUCUGGAUAGCUCUCGCUAAGUUGGAAACUGCGGAUAAUGCUCGUAAGGUGUUGAACAAAGCCAGACAAGCUGUUCGAACAUCGCACGAGGUGUGGGUCGAGGCUGCAAAAUUGGAGGAGAAGGAGGGAAACAUCAAAAAGGUAGAGAUGGUCAUCAGCAGGGGAAUCUCCGAACUUCAGCGUCGUGGUGGAAUGCUCGACCGCGAAGGAUGGAUUCUGGAAGCUGAAAAGUGUGAGCAAGACGGCAGCGUGGCUACCUGUCAAGCUAUUAUACAUACCACGCUUGGCUUUGGAUUGGAUGGUGAAGACCAGGAAUCGAUAUGGUUGGAUGACGGAGCUAGAUCUCUUCGGAAAGGCUGCUUUGAGACCGCACGUGCGAUAUAUGCAUAUGCUCUCCAGCACCUGCCUAAUGUUAUCGCAUUCUGGAACGAAGCUAUAACGCUCGAAAAGGCACAUGGUACAUCAGAUUCUCUCUUCUCUUUGCUGGAGAAGGCUGUGGAAUCCUGUCCCGGAACGAAAGAGCUCUGGUUACGAUACGCUGAAGAACGACUUGCCGCUUCAGAUGUCAACGGUGCUCGUUCUGUUCUUGAGCGAGCGUUCGAUCAUAAUCCAAACGACGAAGACAUCUGGCUUGCUGCGGUUGAUAUCGAGGUCAGAAACAACGAGUACGAGAAAGCUCGGAUUUUGUUGUCGCAGGCUCGUGCAGGCGCUCCAACUGAGCGCGUGUGGGUUAAGUCUGUCGUUCUUGAGCGACAGCUGAAGAAUUUGGAAGGUGCUUUGCAGAUUGUGAACCUAGCACUACAGGACUUUCCCAAGUCUGCGAAGCUUUGGAUGAUGAAAGGUCAGAUCUACGAGUCAGAAGACCGGAUCCCCCAAGCGAGAGAGGCGUACAUAUCAGGCACCAAAGUCUGUCCCAAGUCGAUUCCGUUGUGGCUUUUGUUAUCUCACCUGGAAGAAUCCACGAUUGUGAAAUGCCGAUCGGUGCUUGAGCGAGCGGCUUUGGCGAACCCCAAGAACCCCCAGCUUUGGUUGCAGAGAAUUCGAGUUGAGAUCCGAGCAAAGAAUAUCAACCAGGCGAAAGCACUGAUUGCGAUUGCUCUGCAAGAGUGCCCGACAUCAGGUGCGAUAUGGGCAGAGAGUGUGGCUCUGGAGCCUCGGACUCAGAGAAAGCCGCGACUGAUUGAUGCGCUCAAGAAAUGCGAUAAUGACUCGAUUGUCAUUGCUGCGAUUGCCAAGCUGUUCUGGUCUGAACGCAAGCCCGACAAGGCAAAGUCGUGGUUUGAAAAAGCAAUCAAGGCUGAUUCGGACAAUGGUGAUCAUUGGGCUUAUCUCUACAAGCUGUUGCAGACGCAUGGAACCAAGGACGAGCUCGAUCACUUGGUGCAAAAAUUCUUGGUUGCUAAUCCAAAGCACGGCGAUGUGUGGCCGAGGGUGUUUAAGGAUGUAAAUAAUUUCCAAAAGUCCAAGCCAGAGCUGCUCGAAAUGGCGGCUAAGGCUGUGACUUUGUAAGUUGGUUAGUGGAGUUCCUGUAUGAUUAGAGAAGAUGAUUUACUAUAAUAUACUGAAGUUGCUGUCUCAUUACGCAUAACAGG